UCUCCCCCCCCUGUGUGUUCCUCUGUGUGGACAGAUCGCAUCUGCGAAUAUGUCUGAAUUCAUGAACGCAGCCAGUCAAGGCAAAGUGGAAGUGAUACACAAGUAUCUGUCUGACGGUGGGAACCCUAAUGCCCAUGAUGAGCUCAAGAGGACGGCGCUGCACCGGGCUGCUCUGGAAGGACAUACUGAUAUUGUGCAGGCGCUUCUAGAAAAAGGAGCCUGUAUCAACUCAGAAGACCAACUUGGCUCCAGAGCAAUACACUGGGCCUGCCGAGGGGGGAGUCUGGGCGUCGUUGAAGCCCUGAAGAGCCACGGGGCGGACCUUAACGCUAGAGAUAAGCUGUGCAGCACUCCUCUGCAUGUGGCCACAAGGACGGGCCACACGGCCAUCGUGGAGUAUCUGCUGUCCUGUGGUGCCAAAAUCAACUCCAGGGACAGGGAAGGUGACACGGCCCUGCAUGAUGCAGUGCGUCUCAACAGAUACAAGAUAGUGGAGCUGCUCAUAGCUUCAGGAGCCGACACAAAAAUAAAAAAUCAUGAGGGAGUGACGGCCAUGCAGCAGGUCAAACAGUGGCAGUCCGACAUCAUGGAGACGCUGCAGCGACUGGAGAAGUUGAAGGAAGUGGGAGCCGUGCCGCCUGGAAACCCUUCAGCAGAGAAAUGA